AUGAAUGAGGGCUCUGUGGAAGAAAACAACCCUGGGCCAAACAAGACAUCGAAGACAGAUUCCUCUGAGCACAUAAGCAGCAACAGGAAGACACCAUUGCAUUUAAAAGAUCCAACGAAGCAGAGAAACUCAAAACGUGGACCUUCAGGCAAGGCCACCUCUACUGAAAACCCUAACCUAGAGGAGCCGGUCCUCUCAAUCCAGACUCUCUCUUCCAAAAGAAGUUUGGAAUUUACAUCAGAACAAAUACAUAGUCCUGAUGUCUCAAGAUGGAAUGAACCCCAGGCGCCCCUUAACACUUACCCAGAACAGCUAUGGCAAGGCUUCCCCAAUGUGGGAAACACCUGCUACAUGAAUGCAAUUUUACAGUCACUCUUUGCAAUUCCAUCGUUUACGGAUGACUUACUCAUGCAGGGUGUCCCAUGGGAAAAAAUCCCCUUCGAUGCUCUUAUCAUGUGCGUGAGCCAGCUACUUGCUUUAAAAGAUAUUUGUGACAUGGAGACCAAGGGAGAGCUGCUUGUAAAUGUUAAACGUACCAUUUCAGCAGUUGCAGAGACAUUCUCUGGCAACAUGCAGAACGAUGCUUAUGAGUUUUUAGGUUACUGUUUAGAUCAGCUGAAAGAAGACAUGGCAAAAUUAAACACCGCCUUGGAGACUGAGAGAGAAACUCGGCUUGACAGCUCAUCUCCGAAGACGUAUGCUAAUAAGGCUGCCCCUCAACAGGCAUUCCUUUGUCCUGUGGUUGCUAACUUUGAGUUUGAAUUGCAGCACUCCAUUAUUUGUCAAGCCUGUGGACAGAUUGUUGUCAAGACAGAGCCAAAUAAUUAUCUCUCCAUCAACCUUCCCCAAGAAACAAAACUACCUUCUUUCUCUAUUCAGAAUUCUUUUGAUCUUUUCUUCAGAGCAGAAGAACUCGAGUAUAGCUGUAAGGCGUGCAAGCACAAGACUGCUGUUGGGAUGCGCAAGUUCAGUAGACUUCCCAGAGUCCUAAUUGUUCAUCUGAAACGCUAUAGCUUUGAUGAUGUUUGGUUGCUAGUGAAGGACAACCAGCAGGUUGAUAUUCCUAAAUUUUUAAGCUUAUCUUCUCAUUGCAAUGAGAGCACCAAACCACCUUUUCCCAUUGCCCGUGACGUGCCUCCUGGGAACCCCCAAAUCCUGAACCUCCCUCCGGAGGUGAUUUCUGAGUUCAACAAAUUGACACCUUCAGUGAAGUGGAUCUCAGAAACCAAUCCAGAGGACACAGAAGCUGAAGCCAAGGCACUGAAAAGUAAUGCUGAGGCUGGAGAUCCGCUUCACACCUACCAGCUCGUCAGUGUCGUCAGCCAUCUGGGGAGCUCCCCAGAUUCGGGCCAUUACAUCAGCGAUGUUUACGACUUUCAGAAGCAGGCCUGGUUCACGUUCAACGAUCUGCAACGCUUCCACCAGGCACGGCUCCUGCCCAAGUUCCAGCCUCAGAAUCACCUUCUGCUUCACGGCUUCCUCCCCUCCUACUGA